AUGGAUUUAGUGGACGCCUCCGGAUCAACUGGACCUCUCGGACCGCACCAACCGUCGUCCCUCCGCCCAUCUCUUCCCGGUCCUCUCCGCCGCCAACUAAAUCUGACUCUUCUUCCUAAUUACCACUUUCAUCCUCCUCCUCCUCCCUCCUUCUCCUCCUGUUCCUCCUCCUCCUCCUCCUUCUCCUCCUCCUCCUUCUCUUCCUCCUGCAUUGCCUCAACGACGGCCGCUUAG